CAGAUUGUCACUGACGUGCGUCAGGAGACUACCCGACCAGAAGCAGCAGAGGAGCAAAGAGAAACAACUUCGCCGGCGCUCCACCCGUCCCAGCGCCGCUGCCUCGCCGUCCUCGGCCUCGUCUCCUCUCCUCUCGGGUGGAUUUCCUGCUCAGGAAUUGCAGCUUGUCGGAUCGUAGGCGACGGGGACAGAGGCAGCGCAACCAGCCGGAGGAGACGGGCGCUCACCCACCCUGCCUCAACGCAGACUGCCGCCCCGGUGCCCGGCUGAAACCCUAGCCUCCGCGACAUCCGGUAGCCCGGCUCAUCCGGCCGCCGACCCGAGCGCGCUCGUCCGGCCGCCGACCCGCGCCCGCUCGUCCGGCCGUCGCCCGUCGCCCCAGCUCCCGCUCAUCCGGUCGCCCCGCUCCAGCAACUAGUCAAUCCGGCGCGUCCCUGUCAAGGUGCGACAACGUCCAGACCUAAGUCCGAGAGUCUGCUGCAACAUGAAGCCCAAGGUUGCCGCAGCUGGCGGUGGCGAGAAGGGCCGCAGCGUGGACCCAUCUCUGCCGCGGUUCAAGUGCCAGGAGUGCCACCGGGCGCUCGUGGUCGUCGGUGUGGAGUCCUUCCCUGAUAGGCUGCCCGCUCACACCAACUCAGGUAUGCAUGCAUCCUCUGUUCAAGGCAGUAUCAUGGGAGCGAGCAGGAUGGACAGUUCUUACGUCGUGCUAUCCAAGCAGAACAAAUCUCAAAGCCCUGGAAUUCCCCCACGCCCACCAACUGCAGCAGCCCGGCAUGUCGAAUCUAACCAAUCAACAAGAGCAAUAGAGGGGUCAUAUAUAAUGCUUCCACCUGCUGCUGCUUCCAUAUACAAGACAUCUGCCUCUGAAGGAGGUGAUGCACAUCUGCCACCUCCAAGUCCUAACUCCACUAGCCCUUUGCCAGGAAACAAUUCUGGAUUUCACUCUAGUGUGACUGUAUUAAAGCGGGCAUUUGAGAUUGCUAGUUCACAAACUCAGGUUGAGCAGCCACUCUGUCUGGAAUGUAUGAGGGUGCUUUCUGAUAAGAUGGAUAAGGAGAUUGAGGAUGUAAAUACUGACAUUAAAGCUUAUGAUGUGUGUCUUCAACGUUUGGAGCAAGAAUCCUACAACAUACUUAGUGAAACUGAUUUCAACAAGGAGAAACAAAAGAUAGAGGAAGAAGAGAAGAAACUAAAAGCUGCUAUUGAAGAGGCUGAAAAGCAAUAUUCAGAAGUUACUUCUGAGAUGAAGAAACUGGAAACAAAGUCUAAAGAAUUUGAAGAACUGGAAGAGCGGUAUUGGCAUGAAUUCAACAGUUUCCAGUUUCAGCUGACAUCUCACCAGGAAGAAAGAGAUGCAGUUUUGGCCAAGAUAGAAGUUUCACAGGUUCACCUGGAACUGUUAAAGCGCACAAACGUUCUCAAUGAUGCAUUCUAUAUUUCACAUGAUGGAGUGAUCGGAACAAUAAACAACUUCCGUCUCGGUCGUCUCCCUAAUGUACAGGUUGAGUGGGAUGAAAUAAAUGCUGCUUGGGGUCAGGCUGCUCUUCUGUUGCAUACCAUGGCUCAGUACUUCCCAAAAUUUAAGUACCGGAUCAAGAUUCACCCCAUGGGAAGCUAUCCAAGAGUAACAGACAUCAACAAUAAUACCUAUGAACUGUUUGGUCCUGUGAAUUUAUUCUGGAGCACCAGAUUUGACAAAGCAAUGACAUGGUUUCUGACUUGCCUACAAGAGUUUGCUGAGUUUGCCAUAAAUUUGGAUAAAGAGAACAAUGUUCCAUUUGAUAAGUCAUUGAAGCUACCCUACAAGAUUGAUGGUGACAAAGUAGGGAGCUACACAAUCUUCUUAAGCUUUAAUAAGCUUGAGAACUGGACAAAGGCAUUAAAAUAUAUGCUGUGCAACCUGAAGUGGGUUCUGUACUGGUUUAUUGGCAAUACAAGUUUCGCGGCACCAUCUGCAUCUCUGUACUUGGCGCAGUCUCCAAAGUGAUGUUAGACACAGACAGAGAGGCACUGACCUUAGAGGCUGAAUCGCUGACUGUAGCCGCAUGUUGACCAAUGGAAGUAACAAUGCACAUUUGAUGUACAUAAAAAUCAGGCAUAGCUAGCCACCUUGUUGCUUGCAAGUCAACAAUUUAUAUGCACCGCAUGAGGUCCAUUAUUAUGUAUCAGUUGUGCAAUUCAGAUAAAUUGGAAUGACAGCAAAAUAGUACCGUAUAGUUUUAAAUCCA